CGUCCCCGGUGGCGUGGGGGGGCCGGGGGCCAUGGGGGGCUUUGUGGUGCAGUCGGCAGCCGGCGCAGGGCUCGCACGCAGCGGCGGGCGGCUCUUCCCCCCGCACCUGCGUUGCGGGAGCGACCGCACGCACCGGGCGCUGCCGCCGCCCGCGCCACCACGGUCCCUGCCAGCCCAUGCUCUGAUCAGGGUGCUCAGCACAGCCCCUGCUCCCAUCAUAGCUGCACCGUGAGCACACCGAGGUCUGCUGGCCAUGGGCAACCUGAUAAAGGUAUUGGGCAAAGAUUUAGAAAACUGUCCUCAUUUUUUCCUGGAUUUUGAAAGUUUCACAUGGGGAACCUUCUUAAAGUGUUGACUUAUAACGAACUUGAACAAGGCCCUAAUUUUUUCCUUGACUUUGAAAAUGCGCAGCCAACAGAGGCUGAGACUGCGGUGUGGAACCAGGUGAAUGCGGUGCUGGAGGAGUCGCAGGGCGUGCUGGCCGAGCUGCAGUCCUACACGGGCGCUGGGCAGGAGAUCCGAGAGGCCAUCCAGAACCCCGGGGACCUGCGGCUGCAGGAGAGGGCAUGGAGCACCGUGUGCCCCCUCGUUGCCAAGCUGAAGCGCUUCUAUGAGUUCUCUCUGCGGCUCGAGAACGCACUGCGCAGCCUUCUGGAGGCCCUCACCUGCCCCCCGUACCCCCCAACGCAGCACCUGGAGCGGGAGCAGGCCUUGGCCAAGCAGUUCGCUGAGAUUCUGCACUUCACCCUCAGCUUCGAUGAGCUCAAGAUGACCAACCCCGCCAUCCAGAACGACUUCAGCUACUACAGACGGACCAUCAGCCGAAACCGCAUCAACAACCUCCAGCUGGAUGCGGAGAGCGAGGUGAACAAUGAGAUGGCCAACAGGAUGUCCCUCUUCUAUGCCGAGGCCACCCCAAUGCUCAAAACACUCAGCAAUGCCACCACCAAAUUUGUCUCGGAGAACAAAACACUCCCAAUUGAGGACACGACCGACUGCCUGAGCACCAUGGCCUGUGUCUGCAGGGUGAUGCUGGAGACCCCGGAGUACCGCAGCCGCUUCACCAACACUGAGACGCUGCUGUUCUGCAUGCGGGUGAUGGUCGGGGUCAUCAUCCUCUAUGACCACGUCCACCCUGUGGGGGCCUUUGCCAAGACUUCCAAGAUCGAUAUGAAGGGGUGCAUCAAAGUCCUCAAGGACCAGCCCUCCACCAGCACCGAGGGGCUCCUGAACGCGCUGAGGUACACGACCCGGCACCUGAACGACGACACCACGUCCAAACAGAUCCGGGCGCUGCUGCAGUGAGCGCAGCUCCGCGUCCCGGCACAUCGCAGGUCACCCACACCACGCCCAUCCCGCUCAUUUUGUACAGAGGGACAGCAGAAAUCACACACAAAUACAGAAAGAAAUAGAAACGGCCCCAAAAAGCC